GCUUGGGGGGAUCUUGAAUCCGACAGWGGAGUCGUCGAAGGCGAGGGUUUUGUUGUUAUCGUUUUGGUAUCACUUCUCCGUUCUCUUYGGAAGACUUAUUUCAACUGAUUUACAACGGGUUUCGUCACCUUCAACGAGAUGUAUGCUUAGUGUUUCCUCUGACUUUUUAUGCAAUAGACUAGAUCGAUUAGAAGAGACUGCCUCGUUCAUGUUGAAUUGACCGUGACUGCGGAUUACAUAUUGUGGUGUUGAGAUUUUACUUUUCUGAAUACCAAACCCUGCACGUGCAUGGCUAGCAGAUGUCCCAGACUUUGAAGUGCUAAAAUUGAAUAUCUGCGGUCGCGAGAAUCGAGAAUGAUAUCGCAAUCAGGGGAAUCAAUACCUAAACCAUGGAGAAUGCAAUCCAGGGGAGCCUCUCGAAGACUGAUGGCGGCUUUGCAACUAGUCUUUCUGGUUGUUCUUUCCACAAUAUAUAGCGUGGAUGGAUCCAAGUCAGGAUUUCAAAAGAAUAUGCUUGGCGACACGAUACAGAACAUUAUGGGUCGGGGACGGAUACGAAAGACUCUAGCGCAAUCCACUCCGGCCCUCACGUCAGUAAUGAGUGUUUACACCGAGAAGAACGGCAGCAGUAGAAUGAACAGAAGAYAUGCCUCAUUGUCGAAUAGUGCUUCCGUCAGCAUGGUUUCGUCCGUCAAGGUGCAGUCAAGUAGUACGAAAAAGCGGGUACGGAGUCUAUUGGAUGCAGUUGGAUCCACCGGAUUCUACUAUGGAAUUGAUGCCCAAAGAAUGAUUCCAAAUCGCAGUCGUCAAAGKAAACCACGCCCUCCAAAACUCGAAGAAUCGAUGGUCAUAGCCAUUGAAGAAUUGAAAAUGAUGCGACAGGAGAUGGAGCAAAUGCGGAUAGAGAUGCAACAACUGAAAAGGAAAAUGCUCGGAGACGAUGCUAGCUUUCAAAUAGACGACCAUGCAACCACAGAAAUGAAAGAAAAGGCAUUGCAAAAAAGACGAAAGGAAGCCGAUAAACUAGCAGCUGAAAUCGAGUCUUGGGCGAAUGAUAGGCUGCAAGAAGGGGAAGAGGAAGGAUGGAUUCGAGUUGAAUGUAGUAAAAUGGUUCGCGCUAGUGUGAAUGGGACGGGACGAACACAGGCCUUCAUGAAAUGGAUGGUCGACCCGAGGGGCGAAAAGGCGGACAAAGAAGAUUUUGCAAAGCACCCUUGCAUCAAAUGUGAAUCCGUUAUUGAUGCUCCCCCUGAGAUCGUCUGUCUUUAUUUGUCUCAAGAAGAAGCUUUUCCCCGCUAUAACGAUGUCGUAGACAAUUACAAAGAUUUGGAAGAGAUCUCGCCCCAUGCGAAAAUUUGCUGGAGUUCGUCUCCUCAAAUUUUAUUUGUCAAACCACGGGACUUCGUCACAUUUUGCCAUCAUCGCUGGAAGCCAGACGGAACACAGGUCAUUGUAAAUCAAGCCUGUGAGCACCCGAAAUAUCCCUUGGAAAAAAUGGAAAAGGAAGGGAAGUCUUGUCGCGGGUACGCUCUGCGAGGAGCCAAUUGUAAGUACUUCCAUUCGUUGUUUGUCUGUUGURGACGCUCUUGUUUGAUUUGUUGAUAUUCUGCCUUGCYUGUGACUGAUUAUAGUUAUACUGAUUACAGUCAUCUCGAGGUGCCCGGAGGAUCCUACAAAAACAAGAAUCACCAUUGUGGCUCAUUGCAGACCAGGAGGAGGGUUGCCAGAGUGGGCGACGAARACUGCAGUUAAAACAUUAGCUCCUCUUGAACCUUUUAAAUUGUUYCAUAAAAUCAAUCAACAGAUAGCACAGGACAGAGCCCAACUUCAGGCGCGUUUAAAACAAGCCGAGGAAACGGUGUCAAAAAUGCCUCCUGGAACAAGUUCAAGGCCUGGUGGCUUUGCGCAGAUAGGAUACGCUUGCUUUUGGCCAAAAGGUGGAGGAAAAGAAGAGCUAACUGGCAUUAAUGAUUUUUCUCCUGUCGAUAAUAAUAGAAAUGGUGGAGAAAAUGAUAUAGACUGAUCUGUUGUUGGAGAUGCGAAUGACCAGAACCAACAGCGAUAACAAAUAGAUCAACAACAUUGCACUGCUUCAGUUAUAAACUUUUUGUAGAUAAUAAUUUACAUAACAUUCGUGAUCCAGUUCGUAAGUGAGUAGUAGGGGAGGUAAGGUGUUCCAUGUGACAACGUGUUUUUUCGAUUUUAUCGCCCCUUACGAGACCUGCGUCGGGACGUUCGCCUGUAUUCACCUUCAGACACGCUGUCGAAAGUUGAAGCAUUUUCCAUCGUUUGAUUGUCAUCAAAUGUAUUGUAUGUAUUGUUUGCGAAGGUUUCUCCAUCAGAGAAGUCGUCAUCAAUGUCRUGAACAAGAAAAUUACAACCAAGCAUCUUUUCGAUCAAACUCAAUGCGUCACGAUCAUUGUUUUCAACRGUGCCAAAACCAGAUCUUGAAGGUUUUCCUUUUGGAGUGCAUAAAUCCAAAAAUGAUGAUCCUUGAACAUCUUCAGUCUUUGCACGCUCGAUCGUGGAAUCUUUCUUSUCUGUAAUCACCUUUUCCUGGUCUUCCUCAUCGAAUGAUUCCUCAACAGUAGGCUGUUGGCCUAACGCAGUUCCAACUGUUCUCCCAAGCUGCGUAAAUGUGGAAGACUCGUAAAGGGUCUUGACCACUUUAAGAAAUCGAACGAAGCUAAAGUUUUCACUCUGUUGCAUUCUCGCYACAGUAUCUAAUUUGUCGUAUCGUGUUGACCACGAAUACGGUAGAUCGAGUACCAUCCCAGUGUCACAAGAGUCAAUGACAAUUGUCACAGAAACACCGUAGCGCAUUGGUGCUAACAAUGUCUUAAAAAUGAGUGUGUCUCGAAUAACUCCGCUUGUGCUGUAAUCAGAGGGAACAAUUAUUUCGUCGUAGCUUUCCACGUUGUUGUUGAUUGGGGAGUCGAGGAUUCGACCUCCAUGCCCGGAAAAUUGGAUGAAUACUGCAUCACCUGGUUGACUCUGCUCUGAAAGGGAUUUGAAUGCUUCAACGAUAUUCAUGAAUGUGGGCGAUUUAUGUUUAUCAUCGUCGAGCAAAACCGUCAUCAUAUCAUCAGUUUCUGCGAAUCCAUGCACAUUGACAAUAUAAUCCUUCAUAGAAC